CUGUCAAACAUUCCCAGWCUGGGAUCCUGUCCCUCUUCCUGCAGGUACGGGAAUGACCUGGUCUACAAGGGCUACUUCAAGGACGACGUGCGCCAGGGGUUUGGGAUCCUGGAGAACUUCUCAGCUGAACAUCCCUUUAAAUACACAGGACAAUGGGAAAAYGACAAAAAGAAUGGAUAUGGAGUCUGGGAAGACAAGGAGAGAGGGGAGAGAUACAUCGGGACAUGGUUGGAUGACCACAGGCAUGGCCCGGGCAUCGUGGUGACCCAGUCGGGCAUCUGCUACCAGAGAACAUUCCACACGGAUAAAAUGGUGGGGUCUGGAAUUCUGCUCCUGGAAGACGACUCCAUCUACGAAGGGAACUUCACGGAAGAUCUCACAUUUGUUGGAAAGGUGAGGAUUUCCUCCCUCUCAUCCUGGAAUUUUCCUUUCCAGAUGGAUUCAUCUUCCAAGUUCAUUCCUUCAUGCUCCAAUUCCCUCAGCUUCCUAAAAAAUAUUUUCCUAAUUUUUGGAAUAUUUUUGUCCAUUAUCAGCCUCAUUCACAGAAGGAAAGUUGGAGCUGAGGGACUUGGGGAAAGUUGGGAAUAAUUUGGGGUUUUAAUGUUUU